AUGACAGCCGCUUAACCGAAGAAGGUAUUAGUGAAGAAGCCAUAAACUAACAUUGAUAAAUAGGAAUUAACAUCAGAAUAAUCAGCUAAUCAUGAACAGGUUUUAGAUGAUCGUCUUAAAUUAAAGCAACAAUCAUAUGAGGAAGCGAAAGCUAGAAUACUCUCAAAUUAAACAAUCCUAAGAAAUUAAAAAAAAUACAAUUAAGAAUUUCCUCAAUUGUCUAAAUGA